UGCAGCCCAACAAAGCUGUCUCGGUUCUCUCUCUCUGAAAAAAACAAAAAGACUAACCAUCUCAGUGCUGUACGACGACGACGCGUGGCGGUCGGCGGCAGCUCAGUGGCGCGGUGGCUCCGGCCGUCGGCUGCGGUGUGCGGAGGCGCCGAGGAGGAUCGAGGAGAAGCAGCGUCGAUGCGGUCGCGACGGAGCGCGCGAGUGGGGUCGGCGCUGGAGCCGCUCGGAUGCCGGCUCCGUCGGCCCAAUCGACGGCGACCGGAUCUAAGCGGCGCCCGCACGCCGCCGAGGGUGAACAAGAAGCCGAAGCGAGGAGCCGAGCCUCCCCGAGCCCAAGCCUCCCUCGUGUCUACUCUAGCGUCCAGGUAGCGCGCCAAAAAGGGCUUCAGGCAGAUCUGCUCCAGGUACCACCCGCCCAACCAAAGCCUCUUUUUACCGCAGCCAUCGUCAGUAUAAAAAUGUGAGAUGCCAUUAUCCUUUUUAGACUUCAAACAGGAAGUUCAAGAUGGGGAUAAAAGGUGAAAUGCUACACUUUAAAAAAAUUAGAGCAAGUGAUAAGGGUGAUGGAAUAUUUUGGGUGGAAUAAAUCGACGAAUUCGGAUUGAGAAAAGGGAAUAAAGGGGCACCAAUAGUGCUCUGCAUGUCUAGAACCUGGAGCUUGAUAAAAAUGUCCUUGUCUUUCAAACAAAACCAUUUUUUCCUAAGCAAUCUCCCAGUGCUCCCAGGUAUAUUGUCUUGUGCAGUGCCGGAUUUUUCUUUUGUCACCGGAUAGUAUCCGUAGCUGUCAAAGCACUGCUUGCUACGCGGAGUUUCCGCUGCAUGGGAUGAAAAUCUGUAUAUGCCGUAGCACGUGCUUUGCACAUGAGCUUCCUCUGAGGGAACAAAGGAAGGAAUAGUAUUCUUUGGGGACACGGGGAACAAUCUUUGCAAAUCAUAAUUGAAUUGGAAUUUUAAGCUUAGAAUCCUUUGCCUUUUUGAGAAAGCAGAGUACCGUUUUAGUUGUAGUAUGGACUGAACUUCACCUUCACCAGAUCAGUACCCAUUCACAGGAAAGAUUUAUUAGAUUAGAUUUUCACCAGUUGGUCAUUGAUUUGAUUUGCCCGUCGACAUCCCAUGGUUGGAUCGACAACGAACAUUGUUUAGUGCAAACAGUAUUUGCAACCGGUAACGUCUUUACCUUUGCACUUCAGUGUGGAGUUGAUUCCUCUGCAAACCAGCAGCGGGAGAAGCAUCGACUCAACCUUGCUCUUGCCCUGCCGUUUAUAGCACUAAAGCAUCCAGGUCAGAAAACCAAAGCUGUAUGGUAGAUGGUAACUGACCGAUUCUCUUCGUUGAAAAGGGAACACCUUGCUGAUGUGUCUACACUUGAUUAAUGUUUUGAUAUUUUUUGAUGGUGGUCAAUCUGGCUAGUGUGGACGCUUGUUCCAAUGAUCUGCAACAGAUCGGUUUCCACAAUAUGCCACACAGAGGAGCAAUUGCCGCAUAAAUAAAUAUGUUAAAUUGCAUGAAAGUAUGUUUAUUCUAGAUUAGAUUGUGAAAAACCCAAAUGAACUUGUAAGUUAGUAGUAGAACUGCCCAGUUGUUGGAAAUCUGUAAAUACAGUGUGCCUUGGUGAAAAACAUACUCCUUUUUUAGAUACGGAAAUCCUUAUCACCAAACUUCUAUCAUUUAUAUUCAUAUAUUACGCUGCAGGUCUUACUUGGUCUCUGAGAAACAGGGUUAUUCAUGUUUCUUCUACUCACGUUUGAGUUCCUGAUGACAACAGAGGGAAAGGAACAGACAUACUUAGGGUAGUCCCGACAGAUCCUUUUCAUGCAAAUAAAACAGUACGGACAGCUGACUAGAAGUGAACAUGGAACCUCUUGAAUUAUUGCGUAAAGGUGUGAUUUGGGAGAAUAUAUGUUGAUCAGAAUAGGUUUUGUGAAUGUCUGUAGGUAAUGCACGUAUGCAGAGAAUCGAUUCUGAAGUGGCUAUAUAUAUUUAACCCCAAUAAUACAAUCUGCCCCUGGCAUAUAAUGCCACUUCCAACUUUAGUACUAUCUUUGGGAGGUUGCACAACAUCUAGAAUGGACAAGACAUACAAACUCUUUAUUAAAUUAAAUUAGUAAAAGGUAAAAUGUUAACUGAAGAGAAUUAGCUUUACCUAUUUUCUUUUCCAGUCUGGAGUUUCAGCUCCAUGCAGCCAUGGCUCCACCCUCUAGCGCUGUUUGAUGCAGAUAGGUCCAGAUAGGAAUGUCUGCUACUUUCUUAAUUUUUAGUUGUGUGAUAAGGUUUUCAAUCAUGCUUUGCCUUGUUUAUCGUGCCUUUCCAAUAAUAUUUUUGUGUGUUGAUGCUGUAGAGAAAUAUUAGAGGGAGUUUGUAGGAAGAGUGUUAUGAUUAGUACUCCAUCUUCACCAAGCAAUUUUGUAAUGGACAGUGAUACAAACCCUGAUGAAGCAUCCAAGGGUUAUUGAGUUUUGAGUUAUGGCUCCAUGGAGCCAAGAAACUUUUUCCUUUUCUUGUUCACUGUUUUCGCUUGAAAUAAUAAGCCUACUAAGUCCUGAGCUACUAGUAUCUUCAUUGAACUGUUAAUUGUCACCAUGAAUCUUGUAGACCAUUUUCUUAAAAGUUACAUGCAUCUAUUUUGGCCUUUCCACUUUUCCAGUUAUUUUUCUGCCUACCAUUGUGCACUACAGAACAGAGGAUGACAAAUAUCCAGCAUAUUGUACUUUUCUCGCAGGAAAAUAUAUUGUUAUACACAGCUGCACGCUUAAUCAGGGAUGCCCAUACAGGAAGCCGGUAACGAAGCUAGAAGCACAUUUACUCUUUACUGAAGUAAUGUGGCAUUUUGGUCUAAGGUGGGGGCACUAGGAUUUUCUAUUAGCCACACAAAGUGUGCAUAACUGCUAGAUCUGCACCUCCCCAGGGAUAAAUUAAAAGACCUUAAACUAACAAUUUCUCUGAAAAAAGAGAGAAAAGGUGGCCAGUAAUAUAUAGCAGAAAACAAGUUACUGAUCAGGCUAUAUUAUUGUGCUGAAUUUGUUGCUCUUGAAUCUUGUAAUAUUCAUGGUGUCGAUUCAGUCUCGAGCUAUUUUUAUGGUCCAACUAAUCAACUGUGUUUGUACUCCCUCCGUUCCUAAAUAUUUGUCUUUUUAGAGAUUUCAAAUGGACUACCACAUACGGAUGUAUAUGGACAUAUUUUAGAGUGUAGAUUCACUCAUUUUUGCUCCGUAUGCAGUCACUUGUUGAAAUCUUUAGAAAGACAAAUAUUUGGAAACGGAGGGAGUAGUAUUUAAGUAACUCUUUAAGCAACAUGCAUGAAAGACUGGUUUAUACUUGCAUGCCCGGUAGACACCAUUCUUACUCUGCAUUUGCCUGCCUGCACAUUUACAACUGAACUGCUGUAGCCCUAGCUUGAAAUUUAGAUCAUAAUUAUAAAACCAGUGAGGUGUCCGUGCCAAUGAAAAGUUGAUUUGUGCGUAUAUACACAAAACAUUUGCCUGAAUUACCUUAAUCAAAUUAUGUUACUGAGACAACUAUUUGAUUUUUGGAGUAGUUAAUUAUAGCGCAAUUACAUUUAUGUUUGGAAGAAUCAGUUAGUACACAUUCAGAAGUAAUAUACCGCGGGGUAGACUCAGGAUGUAACACUAAAAUUCUCCUAUCUUUGGCACCACUUUUCUGUUGCAUUGUGGUCUUUCUUGGUUCUCCCUGUCCUUUUUUCUCCAUUCACCCUUCAAUCCGGAUAGCUCAGUUAGAAAGGCUAGGUCAGAGCAUCUCUGUGCCUCCAAAGCCGCCCUGGAUUCGCAAUUAUUGAGGCGCCUCCACUAUAAAAAGGCAACCAUCCACAAGAAGUAAGAACACAGCGAGCAAGCAAGCAAAGCACACAACAAGGACAAGACAGCAGCUGAGAACCCUAGUACUGAACCAAAAGCCUUCACAGGGGCUUACUGCGAAUGAACACCCAGAGGAAGCCUGGAGACUGGAACUGCAACUCGUGCCAGCACCUCAACUUCAGCCGCCGUGACUUCUGUCAGCGCUGCCGUGCCACGCGCUCGGAUCUGCAGCUCGGAGACGGCCGCUGUAUAGGUGGUGUGCUGACCUCCCUGGACGUUCGCCCAGGUGACUGGUACUGCAAUUGCGGCUACCACAACUUCGCCAGCCGCUCCAGCUGCCUCAAGUGUGGCACCAUCGUGAGGGACUUCCCCGCAGGCCAGGGUGGCACUGGCGCUGCUGAGAGCGGUGGAGUUCGUGCUGGGUGGAAAACUGGUGACUGGAUAUGCACAAGGCCUGGCUGUAAUGUGCACAAUUUUGCAAGCAGAAUUGAGUGCUAUCAUUGCAAUGCACCUAGGGAAGCAGGCACCGGGAAGUAAGGAUCAACCAUGCCGACCGAGAUCGAGAGGCGUGACGCGAUGGCUUAGGACGAGACCAACCAUUGUCACACUCGCAAGCUGCGAUCCAGGAAGAAUAAAACUACAGAGUAGUAUAUAUGAUGUAUUGCCACCUGUUAUACUACUACAACCGUUGCAUGGUUGCGAGGGCAGGAGAAGUUCCCUUAGCUUCCAGAAUGUAACGCGUGCAUGGUAUCGUCGCGCCUCGUUUACGUUGGUCGAGGCGUCGCUCAUAUUGUACGGUUUGGAUUACUUGAAUAAAUAUUCUUAACCAUCCUUA